UAAAAUUAUUAUAUUUGCAACUAAGUUACUUUUCUUCGUCGUAAAAGUGAACAGUUUGCAAUCUAAAGCAAUUCUAGACUUGUGAUAAUAAAUUUUUUCAACCAUUGUAAUCGGCAAACUGCACCUGCGAGAUUCUAUUUGAAGUCCUACAUAGUGCAAUCUUCAACAAAGUAGGGACACCAAAUACCAUUGCCGAAUUUCGGGUUUGUGUAUUAUCACUUAACCAUUGUUAAUAUGUAAUGGCGUUAGUGAGCAGUGAUUAAAAUGCGUUUUUCUUGGCAUAAAUAUGAACUCACCUCAAAUAUGAUUUUUCGUGAACGAUUACAGUUGUGAAAAACUAACGAGAGCUAUUGGUAAAGCAUUAAAGAUUGGCUGACUCAUCACCAUUCAGAGAUCUGCGGUGUAAAACUAUGCCAACACCUAGUAAUAGUACCAGUAAAACCAGCAGUGGCAGCAGUUGCAGUACCAAAACGAAAGAAAUGUUUAUCGUCCGUGCUUUGGAGAAGAUUCUGGGUGAUAAGGACAUCAAACGGUCCCAUCACUCGCAGCUGAAGCGUGCUUGCGACACGGCUCUCGAGGACAUCAGAGAGGAACUGAAGGAAGCCGGCCAGAGCGAACACAAUGGUGAAGUUCCGGUUCCGUCGGCUGCGUUGCCGUUGCCGAAAAACGACUCGGCAAAUAUCAUCAACGCCGAGAAGUACUUUCUACCGUUCGAGUUGGCCUGCCAGAGCAAAACACCCCGCAUUGUGGUAACGGCACUAGAUUGCUUGCAAAAACUUAUUGCCUACGGUCAUCUUACUGGCAACAUUCCGGAUUCGGCGAAUCCGGGCAAGUUUUUAAUCGAUCGUAUCGUGACGACGAUCUGCAACUGCUUCAUGGGACCGCAAACAGAUGAGGGCGUACAGCUGCAGAUCAUUAAGGCAUUACUUACGGUUGUAACCUCCCAGUAUGUUGAGGUUCAUGAGGGUACAGUGCUGCAGGGAGUACGGACUUGCUACGACAUUUAUCUUUCUAGCAAAAAUCUGAUCAAUCAAACUACUGCAAGAGCCACUUUGACGCAGAUGUUGAAUGUAAUUUUCACCCGAAUGGAAAAUCAAGCUUAUGAAUACUUAGCUAACGGUAGCAUGGUAUCCGCCUCAGCUGCAGUGUCGCCAGCUGCACCUGCGGGGUCGGAAGAAGUACCGGCGACAGAGGAAAAACACCCAGAUUACGACAUGGUGCGUUCAAUUGUGGAAGAGAUCGUAGACAAUGUGAUUGCCGCUGCGGCAGAAGAAACUGGUAAAACUGUUCCAGUGAACAUGGAAGGCGAUGUGGUUGAAACGAGUAGCAUUGGAGGAAUCUCCAAUGGAGGUACGGAUAGUACCUCUAUGGCAAGAGUACCGUCGCAGGAAAGCAUGGAAGUAACCAGUGAGAAUGAUAGUAUCGUAACAGCCAAAUUCACACACAUUCUACAAAAGGAUGCUUUUCUGGUAUUUCGAGCAUUGUGCAAACUUUCGAUGAAACCCCUGCCCGAAGGACAUCCGGACCCGAAAUCGCAUGAACUGCGAUCAAAAAUCCUAUCGUUACAUUUGCUACUAUCAAUCCUGCAGAAUGCCGGGCCGGUGUUCCGCUCGAAUGAGAUGUUUAUUAUGGCCAUCAAGCAGUACUUGUGCGUUGCUCUUUCUAAAAACGGCGGCAGUUCGGUUCCAGAAGUAUUUGAACUAUCCUUGUCGAUUUUUGUUGCUCUGCUGUCCAACUUCAAAACACAUCUGAAAAAGCAAAUCGAAGUCUUCUUCAAGGAGAUUUUUCUUAACAUCUUGGAAGCAUCCAGUUCAUCCUUUGAGCACAAAUGGAUGGUCAUUCAAGCUCUAACUCGAAUCUGUGCCGACGCCCAAAGUGUUGUGGAUAUUUAUGUAAACUAUGAUUGCGAUUUCUCUGCUGCCAAUCUGUUCGAACGUCUCGUUAAUGAUCUAUCCAAAAUAGCUCAAGGUCGGCAAGCACUGGAACUGGGAACUUCAGUAAAUCAGGAAAAAUCAAUGCGUAUCCGAGGCUUGGAAUGUCUGGUUUCGAUUCUCAAGUGUAUGGUAGAAUGGAGUAAAGAUUUGUAUGUAAAUCCGAAUUCGCAAACUUCUUUGGGAGAUCCACCACCACCGACUUCAUCGUCGGCCGUACCGGUUAAAAAUUCAGACGAUGGGCCAGAUCCCUUUAAAUCUCACGGAGGAUCAAGCUUGAGUAUCAAUUCAGUUGGCAGUACGAACACAUCAGGUGGAAAUCGAGAAGUCUUGGAUCUUCCGGAGGAACUGGAAGAACGGAAGCAACGAAAAGAGGUGAUGGAAACUGGAAUCGAAAUGUUCCACAGAAAACCGAAAAAGGGAAUACAGUUCUUGCAGGAACGAGGUUUGCUAGGAGUAACAGUAGAAGACGUUGCCAAAUGGUUACACGAAGAGGAACGAUUAGAUAAAACACAGGUUGGCGACUAUUUGGGAGAAAAUGACGAACAAAGCAAGGCUGUGAUGUGCGCCUAUAUCGAUGCCAUGAACUUCGCCGAUUUGGAUAUCGUGGCAGCAUUGCGAUACUUUUUGGAAGGUUUCCGUCUUCCGGGUGAGGCGCAAAAGAUUGAUCGUCUGAUGGAGAAAUUCGCUAGUAGAUAUUGCGACUGUAAUCCAAACAACACAUUGUUCGCUUCGGCCGACACCGUGUAUGUACUGGCUUUUUCGGUAAUCAUGCUAACAACGGAUCUACAUUCGCCACAGGUGAAACAUAAGAUGACUAAAGAGCAGUAUAUCAAGUUGAAUCGCGGUAUAAGUGAUAACAAAGAUCUACCGGAAGAGUAUCUCUCUCAGAUCUACGAUGAAAUAUCCGGACAUGAAAUCAAAAUGAAGAACACGGUGGCCAGUAAGCCUGGUAAACAGAUUAUCGUAAACGAAAAGAAGCGGAAGCUAUUAUGGAACGUCGAAAUGGAAGCACUAUCGACGACAGCAAAGAAUCUUAUGGAAUCUGUUUCGCACGUGAAGGCUCCAUUCACCUCUGCCAAACAUCUAGAACACGUUAGACCUAUGUUCAAAAUGGCUUGGACGUCGUUUUUGGCGGCAUUUUCCGUUGGUUUGCAGGACUGUGAUGACCCUGAAAUAGCCAGCCUCUGCUUGGAUGGAAUCCGUUGUGCUGUGCGGAUCGCCUGCAUCUUCCAUAUGACUCUGGAGCGUGAUGCUUACGUGCAGGCACUUGCUCGCUUCACUUUACUGACCGCAAACUCCCCGAUUAAUGAGAUGAAGGCUAAGAAUAUCGAUACAAUAAAGACACUAAUUAUGGUUGCACAUACCGAUGGGAAUUAUCUGGGUUCAAGCUGGUUGGACAUUGUAAAAUGUAUUUCUCACCUAGAACUAGCUCAGCUAAUCGGUACCGGUGUAAGACCGGAAUUCCUUUCUGGGCCUGCAUCGCAUCGUGAUACAUUGGAUCCAUCAGCAAAGGAACACAUCGGGGAGACCAGCUCGCAGAGCAUCGUUGUCGCUGUGGAUCGAAUUUUUACCGGAUCGAUUCGGCUGGACGGUGACGCAAUUGUAGAUUUUGUCAAGGCUUUGUGCCAAGUAUCACUAGAUGAGCUCACCCGACCGCAGCCACGAAUGUUCUCACUGCAGAAGAUUGUGGAAAUUUCUUACUACAAUAUGGGCCGUAUUCGUCUGCAAUGGUCUCGAAUCUGGCAGAUUUUGGGAGAACACUUCAACGCCGUCGGAUGCAACAGUAACGAAGAAAUAGCGUUCUUUGCAUUGGAUUCACUGCGCCAACUUUCGAUGAAAUUCAUCGAAAAGGGAGAGUUUACAAAUUUCCGUUUCCAGAAAGAUUUCCUGCGACCAUUCGAGCAUAUUAUGAAGAAGAACUGUUCACCGGCCAUUCGCGAUAUGGUAGUGCGUUGUGUAGCUCAGAUGGUCAACUCUCAAGCUCACAACAUAAAGUCUGGAUGGAAGAACAUCUUUUCGGUGUUCCAUUUAGCGGCCGGAGACCACGAUGAAGCGAUUGUAGAGCUAGCUUUCUUAACGACGGGAAAAAUCAUUACAGAUUUGUACCAAUCACAAUUCCCAAUUAUGAUAGAUUCGUUCCAGGACGCAGUUAAGUGUUUGUCGGAGUUUGCCUGCAAUGCCAAAUUUCCUGAUACCAGCAUGGAAGCUAUACGACUCGUGAGAACUUGUGCUCUUUGUGUGAACGAUGCGCCUAAUUUAUUCGCUGAGCACGCUGGUAUGGAAAAUGACAUUUCCGUCUCGGAAGAAGAUCGUGUGUGGGUUCGAGGUUGGUUUCCAAUGCUCUUCUCGUUGUCUUGCGUUGUCAAUCGCUGUAAACUGGAUGUCCGGACGCGAGGUCUUACCGUGCUUUUUGAGAUUGUCAAAACUCAUGGCGAUGCCUUUAAGCCAAAUUGGUGGCGGGAUUUGUUCAACAUCCUGUUUCGGAUUUUUGAUAACAUGAAAUUGCCCGAACAUCAUACGGAGAAGGCCGAGUGGAUGACAACUACCUGUAAUCAUGCCUUGUACGCCAUCAUCGACGUAUUCACGCAGUAUUUCGACAUUCUCGGUCCGAUGCUGCUGGCCGAUUUGUACUGUCAGUUGCAUUGGUGCGUUCAACAAAAUAAUGAACAGCUGGCCCGGUCUGGAACAAAUUGUCUGGAGAAUUUGGUUAUUUCGAACGGAUUAAAAUUCAAUGAGGAAACUUGGGAUAAAACAUGCCAGUGCAUGUUGGACAUUUUCAAUAGCACACUUCCUAAUGAGCUGCUCUACUGGAAGCCUGAUCCGAACCCUCAAAAUUAUCAGAACACGUCAUAUUCUGUACAGCAGAACGGGGACAUCCCCCGUCAUGGCAUAUUGAAACGUUCCCCUUCGCAACAUUCUGUUUAUAGUCAAUCGGAGCUGCAGGAUCACCCUUCGAAAGUAACAGAUUUUAAUCAAACUUCCGUCCUGUUCUCUAAUCUGUUAAUCAAAUGUGUAGUACAGUUAGAGUUGAUACAGACGAUUGACAACAUAAUAUUCUUUCCCGCUACAUCCCGGAAAGAGGAUGCAGAAACGCUUGCCCAGGCGGCCGCCGAAUUGUCUUACAGCUCUGGAACCACUAUUGGCAGCAGUUCUACACUCAACCAGUCGCUUUCAACUGAAGAAUGCCAACGGGAAGAGCAAGGAAUGUACAGCUACCUGAAUACGCCCCAUUUGUUGCAGCUAAUCGACUGUUUGCUGCAAAGCCACCGGUUUGCGAAGAAGUUCAAUUCCAACCACGAUCAGCGCAAUGUACUCUGGAAGGCUGGAUUCAAGGGUUCACUGAAGCCGAAUUUGCUGAAGCAGGAAACUCAGUCGCUGGCUUGCGUGCUGCGAAUACUAUUCAAGAUGUACAGUGAUGAGAGCCGACGGCGGGACUGGCAGGACAUUGAAAAACGCUUGAUAGCCGUGUGUACGGAAGCGUUCGACUACUUUCUGUCGUUGCAAAGUGAACCGCAUCGUGAUGCGUGGACAUCGUUGCUGCUGUUGGUACUGACUCGAUUGCUGAAGAUGCCGGAUUCGAGGUUCGCUGCACACAUCUCCAGCUAUUACGUGCUUAUGUGCGAUUUAAUGUGCUUCGAUUUGAAACCGGAACUGCGAACGGUGCUGCGGCGAGUAUUCCUACGUAUCAGCCCCGUCUUCGGUAUCUCCGGCCCGGGCAGCAGCACAGCUACCUAGUAUCAGCGAAUAAGUGGUGCGCCUGUGCGGACUUUUCCACCGGCUACACAUAGCCAACGCUAUUGGGAGCGAGAACUUCAGCGACCCUAUCCCCGGGUUCAUCAGCAUCAGCUUUUGUCAGCCUUCCAUGGCCGACGAAAUUCUGUGAAAAGAGACUGGGUCAAUAAUAGUUCUAAUGUUUGUAAUAGUUGUCAUUAUCAGUUUAACACAAGUACGACCGUUGUUGGAAAACGGGAAGAUAGAAGGCACCUCUGCUCAGAUGUUGAUUGUGCUUAUCAGCAACAGUAGCGAUGAAAAAAUAUACCUUUAAAAAUAUGGUUGUAGUCAUUUCGUACUGGGAUUUUCACUAUUUUUUUUGUAAUUGUUGUGCAUAUGUUAAUUUUACCUUAAAAGGCUUUUAUUUAAUAUUAGAUUAUUAAAAACUUUGAAUGUGAGGCUGCUGUGAGCAAAUCGGCAACUCGAUCCCAAUUGCUGUACGAUGUGUCGCUUUUAAUAAAGCUAAAAAAUUCUUUUCAGUGGACCAUUUUCGUUUGAAACAAUAAUAAAGCUGAGUUGGGUUUAACUCCAGCCCGUUGUGUUAUUUUCUAUGUUCUGUAGGAAAAGUUUCUAGUUUUUACUUCUUUCGACUAAGUCAAUAAACCUGAACCGGCAAAAAACAAAUCAAAGUUAAAUUCGUACUAAACACUAUUUGUUUUGCUGUAAUAAAUCCUGUUGUUUCACAAACACUGCUGUAGUCACAUGUGUCCAAUAGUAGGUACUAGCGAUUGAUUUCAAACUUACACAGGUCGUUGAAUAGUAUUUAGUAGAUUAGCUGAAAAAUCUAUUACUAAAAGACCUACUGAACUGAUCAAAUCUGAUCUGUAGUAUCAAUAAAUAAAGAAAAUGAGAAAGAAACAUAGGGUAGUUGCUUCAUACAUAGGUACUGCUGAAAUAGUAACAGCAAAAGAAGAUGAAAAGUGCUGAAGUAAUUCGGUAGGUCAUAAUGAAGUUUUCUUAUAUGCCCUAUAGACUCUAGAUAAUAAAAACCAACACAGAUUCAAACACUAUUCAUACAAGAUAAAGUAGAUGCAAUAGAGUAAUAAUGAUGAUUAUUAUUACUAAUAAAAUACCAUAUUUAUAGUCAGGAUGUGUUACUGAUAGAGAAGACAGAUAAGCUAACAUGUAACAGACGUAUGAGAAAACUGCACCGUUAGCCAGAGUUUAUCCCUUUAUUUUUCAGUUUGUUUGGUAAAAACAGCAAAAAGACAAAAUGAGUCGAUCACCUUAACAUACAAUUGAAAAAGUAUGUAGGAAAAUCUAAAACUUUUUUGCUAUGAAGCACACAAUGGCGAUUAUACAGUAUAUUAUACAUUUACAUGCAUAUUAGAUAUCAUGAAAUAAAAAGCUGGCAAAAAUAA